GCCGUGAGGCAAUCUUCCUAUAUUAUCUCCAGUCUUCAGUGCUUAUAGGCUCCCAACCCAACCCAGGUCCCUAGUCUCCCGAACCCAGCUAUCAAACUUUGCCUAUACAAAAGAAGAUCAGUUGCUGCGCCAAAACGCCAGAAAGCAUAGUGGCUGGAGGCAGUUAGCAGUUUAGCACCAGUUUUAUCCCAGGCGGAGAAUCAUCAAGUUGCAAGAACGUCAUUCUCAGCAUCUCUGAUUCUCUUCAAGCAUUUACGAAUUGCCGAGCGUGGAAGCAUGGAAAACGGGGUGUAUCAAAAUCUUGAUAAUGGCCAAGGAAUUGAAGCACCAGCAAAUAUCACUAUUAAAGGCACUCUUAGCUUGUUGAUGGCUAAUACCAAUGGUGAUGACAAGAAAAGAGUGAUUUCUUUGGGCAUUGGUGACCCCACCGCUUAUUCUUGCUUCCGGACCACUGUUGCUGCUCAAGACGCUGUGGUUGACACCCUUCGUUCCUACAAGUUCAAUGGAUAUUCUCCCACUGUUGGACUACCCCAGACCAGAAAGGCAAUUGCAAAAUAUUUGUCGUCUGAUCUUCCGUACGAGUUAUCAUCUGAUGAUGUUUAUGUUACGGCUGGAUGUACACAAGCUAUAGAAAUGGUGUUAUCCAUUUUGGCUCGCCCGGGCGCUAACGUUUUACUACCAAGACCAGGUUUCCCAAUUUAUGGAUUGUGCGCCACUUUCAGAAAUCUUGAGAUUCGUUACUAUGACCUGCUGCCUGACAAUGGCUGGGAGGUCAAUCUCAAUGCUGUUGAAGCUCUUGCAGAUCAUAAAACCAUUGCAGUGGUAAUUAUUAACCCUGGAAAUCCUUGUGGCAAUGUCUACACACGUCAGCAUCUAGAGAAGAUUGCAGAAACUGCCAAACGGCUAGGUAUUGCCGUAAUUGCUGAUGAAGUUUACGGGCACCUAGCUUUUGGGGAUAAACCAUUUGUGCCAAUGGGAGUUUUUGGAUCAGUGGCUCCAGUUUUCACGCUUGGAUCUCUGUCAAAGAGAUGGUUAGUGCCUGGUUGGCGCCUUGGUUGGCUUGUAACAAAUGAUCCUAAUGGCGUAUACAAAAACCCUAAGUUUGUAGAGCGUAUCAAGAAGUACUGUGAUAUUUGUGGAGGUCCAGCAACUUUUAUACAGGCAGCAGUUCCUCUCAUUAUUGAGCAAACUAAGGAGGCUUUUUUUGGCAAGACCAUUAAUAUGCUCAAGCAGAGUGCAGAAAUUUGUUACAAAAAGAUAAAGGAGAUACCCUGCAUUAGUUGCCCUUCUAAAGCUGAAGGAUCAAUGGCUCUAAUGGUGAAACUUAAUCUGUCCUUACUGAAAGACAUUAGUGACGACAUGGACUUCUGUUUUAAGCUGGCCAAAGAGGAGUCUGUCAUCAUCCUUCCAGGACUUGCUGUAGGUCUAAAGAACUGGCUGCGAAUCACAUUUGCUGCAGAGCCAGCUGCUCUUGAAGAAGCAUUCGGAAGGCUGAAGUCUUUCUGCCAUAGAUAUUCCAAGCAGCAAAACGGAUAUUGACAAGUUUUCUGCUUACCGCUCGAUUGGAUCAAAGACACUCCUAUAGUCCUAUUCUGCUUUAUACCCCUUGCCCAUUUUAAGAGCUCCAAUUUGUAAAACACAAAUGUCAUAUGACAUUAUUCUUGUAUAUUUAUGCGCACGCCCAAAUGUAAAAACUGACAAAGAGACAAUAGAAGGGCAUGUUUUGUAAGCAAUGAUUGGUUAUCUAUUCGUUUUUCUUUGAUGAGUAACUGAUGCUAAUCAUCUGUUACCGGACUAUGACUCCUUGAAA